UAUUGAUAAUAAUAAUUACGUUGACAUGCGCAUUUCUACUUCAGGGGCUAAUUUUCCAAGCUGGAGAAUUUGUUGAAGAAGGGGAGGAAAAAUUGUCUGUAACUCUUUGCUCCUGAUGGUUGCACCAUGUCGAGGCGCAAGCAAGCCAAACCACAGCACAUCAACUCCGACGAGCCCGGUUCCAUAGAAAAUGGGAUUCAUGGAGAUGAUCAAACUGCGGAGACUGGAAAUGAAAUAAAGAGGUUUAGAAUGGACGAAACCAGAGUCUGCAACAAGUGCUGUGCUGAGUUCUUUGACGAAGCAGAGUUUCUUGAGCACGAGAAAAAUUGCACUAAAAGUCAGCAAGUGGUCAUUAUGAAGGAUGGAGAUGGCAAUGACGUGCCAGAGGAAUAUUCACAAGGAUCUCCUGAAGGCCUAACCAGUGACCAUGAUGAUAGCCAGUCCAGCAGUCAUUCCCUGUCACAUGCUAAUGCGGACCAGCUGGAGAGAACAGAGGAAGAGUCCAGCAUGAAUGCAGAAGACUCGGGACACCAGGAUCGGGGAGACAUGUCUGCCAGUCCUGAGAUGGCUUUCCAUCAAUCUCCCAAAAUGCAAGAUUCAAAUGUCACUCUUGAAACCCUAGCUGACACUAAAGUGGCUGUUUCCCAACAUUCUUCAAAUACAUCCCUGACUUCAUCUCAGGAGGCUUUGCAGGCCAUCCCGGUGAUCUUGGAACAGCUAGUGUUCCUCCAGCAACAGCAGCUACAGCAAAUCCAGCUCACAGAGCAGAUCAGAAUCCAAGUGGCCAUGAUGACCCCGCAAGGUCUUCAGUCGUCUGUUGGGGCAGUAAUGGAUCCCCUGAAAGCUUUUGGUGCGCAUCUCUCUCAACAGUUGUCUGCAGCAGCAGCUCUCAUAGGAAAAAGGACAGGCAGUCAGAGCCUUUCCAUGGAGACGAUGAAGCAAGGUAAACUACCUCUGCCCACUGGCAUCCCUACCUCUCUGAGUGCAGGACUUAGCUCAGUGACUUCUAAAACAGACAUUAUGAAGGGAGUUCCAGAUCUGGCCAGCCGUUUACCAGCACUACUGCCCCAGUCACCAGGUGUCAUGGGUUUCCCUAAUGCCUUCAGUGGUGUCCAAGCAGGGAUUGAGUCCACCAAAAAAGUGAAGGCGAAGAUGCUGAACCUCCCACCAGAACAAAAGAACGGGGACUCAUUGCACAAGCACAAGUGUAAAUACUGCGGUAAGACAUUUGGCAAUGACAGUGCCCUGCAGAUUCACCUGCGUUCUCACACUGGAGAGAGGCCCUUCAAGUGCAACAUCUGCGGAAACCGCUUCACAACCAAAGGAAACCUCAAAGUGCAUUUCCAAAGGCAUAAAGACAAAUAUCCUAACAUUGGCAUGAAUCCUCAUCCGGUACCGGAGCACCUUGACAAUAUUCCCACCAGCAGCGGCAUUCCUUUUGGCAUGUCUGUGCCCAUGGAUGAGUCCAAUCUGACUGAAAUUAAGCCUAUACUAAGUCACCCAGCUGCUGGGUUAAGUGCAUCGUCAUUACCAGGAUUCAAAACUUUUGACGGUUUUGGGGGCGACCCGUUUUCCCAGAGACCCUCCCCAUCAACAAUUGAUGGCUCCCCGUCUGUGUUUGGCCAAGAGACAGGACUGGAUCCAAAUCAGAAGGAUACUAAGGAACUCCUGGGUGCACUGCAUCAUAUGAAUGGUAAUGGUUUCCCAGGAGAACAAAGCUCUGGAACAGCAAAACUUCAGCAGAUGGUGGAUGGCCUGGAAAAGAGGACCAACGACCCCAAUGAAUGUGUAAUCUGCCACAGGGUGCUCAGUUGUCAGAGCUCACUCAAAAUGCAUUACCGUACGCACACCGGUGAGCGGCCCUACAAGUGCAAAAUCUGUGGUCGCGCGUUCUCCACAAAGGGAAACCUCAAGGCUCAUUAUGGAGUACACAGGGCCAACACGCCACUGAAAAUGCAGCAUUCGUGUCCCAUCUGCCAGAAGAAGUUCACCAAUGCUGUGGUCCUGCAGCAGCACAUCCGCAUGCACAUGGGUGGGCAGAUCCCCAACACCCCGGUCCCAGAAAACCAGUUUGAACCAGCAGAAGUGAUGGAGCCAUCUCUACCAGAGGAGAAGCCUAUGGAUACCAACGGCUUUGAACCAAGCAUGGAAAGUCACCAGCCAGAGCGGAACUCCCAAAACGACACAUCAAACUCACUCCCAUCUGCAACAUCGGAGUCGGAGAAACAUGCAGCCCCUGCUGUGUUUUCAAGCCUUGAUGUUUUGAAGAAUCUCACCUCUGCUCUUGCACUGAACCGACAGAGCAGCACCGCUUCAGAGAGCGAAGGAACAGCCAAAGAGUCCCCACCAUCUCUUAGGGAGCAGGAAUACCAAAAUGGCCGUAGUCCUGCCAUUUCUGACUCAGCCAUAUCAUUUCACUCCUCUUCUCCAGUAAACAACACUAGUAAGAGUCCCGAGUCUGCUGUUGAUGAGUUUGCCCGCGGUGCGUUAAAAUCGGAGAUUGAUGGUACUCAAGAUGGUGGGGAGUCAAGUGGAGCCCUUGACCUUACAGCCUCCAGUAGCUCCACUCCGAAAGUAAUUAAAGAAGAACCCGGCAUGCUGUUUGCAAACGGAGACUAUGCUCCCAGUAACAUGUCUUUCAUGAGGAUACCAUCGAGUCUCUCCAGCCUGGAGAUGAAGAUUCCCCUUGAGAAUUCUUUGGGCCCUCAUGGUUUGUUCAGCUCCCAUUUGCCUCAGGGAACGGCCAUGUCCUCCUCCAUAUCCAGCGCACCACGGCGGUCAACCAAGCAGCACGUGUGCAAUGUCUGUGGCAAGAACUUCUCGUCUGCCAGCGCCUUGCAGAUCCAUGAGCGCACUCAUACAGGGGAGAAGCCUUUUGCCUGCAACAUCUGUGGCAGGGCUUUCACCACAAAGGGGAAUCUAAAGGUGCAUAUUGGCACUCACAUGUGGAACAAUUCAUCCCGGCGUGGCCAGCGUCUUUCUCUGGAUAAUCCCAUGGCUCUGAUGGCAAUGAGCACCGAGGCUAAGAUGAUGCCAGAAAUCAUGCAGGCCCCCAAAGAGCAGGGUGCUCCAUCAAUGACCUUUGACCCAUCUCUGUGGAACCAGUAUGCGGCUGCCUUCAGUGGAGGCCUGACUAUGAAGACCAAUGAGAUCUCUGUCAUCCAGGGGGGUGGUAUCCCGCUGCCCGGGAGCCCUGCCGGCGGGCCUCUGAUUGGCUCCACCGGCGGCCUCAUGAAGAUGGAUGGAUCUCACUCUGGCCUGCCUGCCACCUUGGCUGAAAUUGAGAAGAACAGCUCCGAUAGUGUGCCAAAAUCACAGUUCCCACAUUUCAUGGAAGAGGGCAAAAUAGCGGUUAAUUAGAUUUCUUUUAGCUCUCAGUUUGUGAAUUUUUGUUUUUGUUUUCUUUCUUUGAAUGAGGUACAAUCAAUAUCCAGAGAGAACCUCGUAGAAUUCCACUUUAGAUUUGAUUUUUUUUCUUCCACUGUCUUCACUGCAGCUCUCUCUCCUCCUGACCCCAAUGACUCAAGUGUUAUUUUUAGUUGACUUGAUAUAACUACUGUAGUUGUAUUUUAUUUUAUAUAAAAAUAUAUAUGCGGGUAUUUUUUCCUGUGACUAUUUUUUUUGUUUUGUUUUUUUUGUUUAUCCAGAAGUUUGAAUGUAUAACUUACUUGAAACUGCUUAAACUCGGACUGUCUCUUGAUACUUUUGAAGGAUUUCGAAUAGGAAACUUUUCAGGGCGAGGCUUUUUAAGGACACCAGUUUGACCUGUCAGGACGCGGUCUCGGUCUUCAAAAAGAAUGGUGCAGUUAACCAUGUUUGUCUGUAAUGACUACUUUCCCUCUUGUUGUGUGCCAUAGGUUUUAUGGCCCUGUACAUGUUUGUAGUGGUAAAUAUGAUUAGCUUGUCUCAUUGUUGAAGGGGCUUUUGACAGAUUAUUCAAUUUUUCUUGCCUUUUUUAAAAAAGAAAAAAUCAAGGUGCAACAGUUAGGUCGUCAGUUUUAGAUAAUGUGUGACAUCUUUGUUGCGUUAGUGCCAAGAUACAGUAGUUGAUAACUCAUACCUUUCGGCAAGUGCCUAAUCUGAACUAAAAAUGUUGGCUGUUCACUUCCAAAGGCCCAUAUGUUGCUGUGCUGUACCAUGAAGCUUAGAAUGUAUUUCAUAGUUUGAUCCAUAUAUUCCACCUUGUGAGCACCAGGGGCAUACCAGGUGCUCGAUGUUCUCAUGCCUGCACUUUAUUUCAGGUUUCUGUUGCAUUUGCAUUUCACUGCUUUUAUGAUGUCUAAAUGAGGAAAAGGCAAACUUUUCCUUCCUGCCAGAAAUGACCAUUUACAUUGCCAGGCUAUGUUUUUUGUUUUCUUUUUCUUUUGUUUUUUUUUUUGUUUAGGUUAUCAACUUGUAGCAUCAUUAAUUUAUUUAUAAUACACACACACACAAUGCUUGAGUUUUGGGGGUAAGUUCUACCUCAUCUAGAUAUUAGUCUCCCAUGCCCCUUAACACUCAAGGCGAUGCUCUGUACAUUUUCUGAUACAUUUUGUUUUUCUCCUGAAUACACUUUUUUUUUUUUUUUUUUUUAUUUUUUUUUUUUUCAUUCUCCACCUGCUGAGUUGAACGGUAAUGAAUGUAUCACUGGACACUUUACGCAACUCAGACUGGUCAGAGUACUUCGUAGGCCCCUGCUGUACAUUCCUUUAUUGAUAUGCAUUUGCCAAACUGUGCCUUUCUUUAGCAAACCAUGUCAAGACUGCUUUCAAGUUGUCUCCACAGUUCACGUAUUGUUGAGCCAAUUUGUUCUGUUUACAAUGUAAAUGUUUUGUCUUUUUUUUUU